AUGACUCAGUGGUUAGAGCGCGAUUUCACUGACUCUAAUCCUACCUCUGCUCCUCGACUUCCCCUGUCUAGGCUUGGGCAUCCUGGCAGUAUCCAAGCCCUCGGAACAGGUAAAUUCCCACCUUUAUUCUAUUGGAAUUCGCAGCACAGUGCAUCCAGCUCCAUGCUGACUGUCGAGUCAUUCGGUAGGUUGUUACGAAAAACGUCACGUUUUUCUCUCUCUCCAGAACCCGAAAAAAGAGCGCAUUACUACUUCUUCAAGCAUCACACUUGUUACGACCUUCUCCCAGGGAGCGCAAAACUUAUCCUGUUGGAUUCCGAAUUAAGUAUAAAAAAAGCAUUCUAUGCACUUAUCUACAAUAAUGUACGCGCUGCGAUCCUUUGGAGCAGUUCACAUCAAGCAUUCGUUGGGAUGCUCACGGUCACUGACUUUAUCAAUGUUUUGGUAAAAACAUACAACGCAGAGCAGUACAAGAUGGAAGACUUUGAACGUGCUUCGAUUUUGGAAUGGCGCUCUGUAGCACCCUUCCGGUGCCUAGCUGCCAUGCCACCCGAAGGUUGCACGAGGGCUGGGAUACUGCCAGGUUGCCCAAGCCUAGACAGGGGAAGUCGAGAGGCUGAGGUCGGAUUCGAACCACGGACCUUCCGGUCACAACCACUGAAUGCCCGGAAUCUACUGGGGAUCUCAGCUCAUCUAGAUGUUGACCGGACAGACAACGCCCCCACAACAUGCAGCGCGUCACAGCCUUGUAUCAAACCCGGACAGCGCGAGUCGGUGUUGAUCAAGGUCAGACAACGCCCCCGCAGUAUGCAGCACGUCACAAUCUCAUACCAAAGCCAGACCGUGUGUGUCAGCAUUGGGCUGGGUUCAGACACAUUCGAUACGAAAACUAGUACGCAUCCUCUUAUCUCCGUGUCCCCUGAGAGCUCCCUCUUGGAAGCCGCACGAAUGCUGAUCAAAUACAGGUUUCAUCGUCUCCCUGUUAUCGAUCCGGUGUUUGGUAACCCCUUGCACAUUCUAACGCACAAACGGAUUCUGAAGUAUGCAUAUUUGAACCGACACAGCCUAUCCAAGGCCCCCUAUCUGUCUCAAACGUUGGACGAACUCAGUUUGGGUACGUAUGCUUCCAAAGUACACGUGAUCCGGACCGACACCACAGUCAUCGCUGCACUGCAUCUGUUCCUUCAACAUCAAAUAUCUUGUCUUCCGGUUAUCGAUGAACAAGGUCGUCUUACUGAUCUCUAUUCGAAAUUUGACGUAUUUAAUUUGGCUGUUACUCGCUCCUACAAUCGGCUCGAUAUCACCGUUUACGAUGCUCUCGCGUUCCAUCGGUCGAACAGACAGAACCUUUUUAUCAAAUGCGGAUUUUUUCUAUGGGUACUGUGGAGUUGCGGACCGUUUUCUAGCUAUCAUUUUGCUUGUAUUGAUGAUGAUGAUGAUGAUGAGAACUACGUGGACAGAACAUACUCGAAUGUGAGCCCGACAGAGCUCAGUAAUCAAGGCACGAACCUGGUAACGGGAAGGUCCCUGGUUCGAACCCGACCUCUGUCUCUCGACUUCCCCUGUCUUGGUUUGGGCAACCUGGCAGUAUCCCAGCCCUCGUGCUUCCUCCGGGUGGCAUGGCAGCUAAGCACCGAAAGGAUAUUGCAGCUGAGUGACUUAACUUUUUUAAGGUCGGUGGCUAAAACCCAACCUCAGCACUUCAACUUCUCCUGUCUAGACAUGCGUAGCCUGACACUAUCUCAGCCCACCUACUUCCUUCAGCUGGGAAUCGUGCUGUGGCUGAAUGAUUGCUGUCAUUUUUGUGGUGAGAUCAGUCUAAACAUCGGUGUUGAGCACUUGAUUGAUAGUGAUCGUUCAGCUGUAACACCUCUCCGGUGCCUAACAGCCAUACCACCCGAAGGAAGCACGAGAGUUAGGAUACUGCCAGGUUGUCCAAGCCUAGACAGGGGAGGUCGAGUGGCAGAGGUCGGGUUCGAACCACGGACUUUCCGGUUAUUAAAAUCGCGCUGUAACCACUUGAGCCAUCUCACUCCAUGUUGGACACUAAUAUCAUGCUGUCGAUGA